CGGUCUCUAUGGUGAAAGCCCUGUGCGGCGCUGAUCUCAGACCAGCGUUACUUUCUGACAUGUCCACGAUACUAACGUCGUGUGAUUUCUUUUAAACAGCUCCCAGGUCAGCACCUUGACAAGACCUCUUUAUCCCUUCUCGGAGAGUGGCACGGCCGAGGCGUAACGUUUUUGAAAGCUUGUGCUCAAGUCAACGUAGAGAGCCGUAUACGGGAUGUGUUAAAUAAAAAAAAAGAACGCGGUUGCUAAAGGAACUGAAACGCUGUUCUCGGAAGAAAGUGGAGAGCAAAAUAAGCGCAAAGUUUUUGUCGAAGGAGUCGCUGGAGUAGCUUUUCUUUCUCUGUGACCCGAAACAGACCAUUCAACUCCCUCCGACCUCCGAUGCAAAGGCUCCAUGACAUAAAGCCCUUCCUCGGAUUCAGCCGGUCCCCUGAGGAUUCAACUCGGUGGAGCUCGCCACUCUGACACCCCGCUGCCAUUUUCCACAGCCUGAGGGGAACCAGGAAGCAGCCGGCAGGAGACAUGCCUGCCCUGGCCACUGGAGCCGGCCACGAGCCAGGUCUCUAUGAGCUGCUGGCAGCUCUACCAUCCCAGUUGCAGCCUCAUGUCAGUCGCCCAGAGGACAACACCUUCCUUCAGGACAUGUUUGGAGAGAGAAGCCUCCACUCUCUUGUCAAGAUCCAUGAACGGCUGCAGCACUAUGAAGAGAGCAAACCUGUCGCCGUCCUGGACAGCGCCGCUGCUCUGGCACAUCAAUUGUCCAAGGAACUGGAAGGGAAAUCGAGCAAUGGAGAAAUCCAAGAACUGCUGAAAAUACUGGAAAAACCCUAUGUUAAGAGCCUUCUGUCCGUCCAUGACACAGUUGCCCAGAAGAGUUACGAUCCUGAACUACCUCCACUGCCUGAAGACAUAAGUGACAACGAGGAUUCUGUGAAAAUAAUAAGACUGGUCAAAAAUAAGGAGCCUCUUGGAGCAACAAUAAGACGUGAUGACCACACUGGAGCCAUCCUCGUGGCCCGGAUCAUGAGAGGAGGGGCAGCGGACAGAAGCGGACUGAUUCAUGUUGGGGAUGAACUGAAGGAGGUCAAUGGAAUCCCUGUGGAUGACAAGAAACCAGAGGAAAUCAUUCGUAUUCUGGCCCAGUCGCAAGGAGCCAUUACUUUUAAAGUGGUCCCUGGUGUAAAGGAGGAGGCGUCGACCAAGGAGCCAAAGGUGUUCAUGAAGGCACUCUUUGACUACGACCCUAAAGACGACAAAGCCAUCCCAUGUAAGGAGGCUGGACUGGCCUUCAAGAAGGGCUCCAUCCUUCAGAUAAUGAGCCAAGAUGAUCCAACCUGGUGGCAAGCCAAACACGAGGGGGACACCAAUCCACGUGCUGGCCUAAUCCCGUCCAAACAGUUCCAGGAGAGGAGAUUCGCAUUGCGACGAUCUGCUGCAACCCUCCCGUUCCAGCGGACCUCUAGCAGACGAUCAUUCUCAGUGGAUGAAGCACCGACAUGUGCCACCGAUUGUGUUUCUCUAGAUGAUGUGGAGGUAGAAUUUGAGGACGCCGACUAUAGUGGUGGAUUCCACGUAGCUGGAUUCAGGAGAAGCUUCCGCCUCAGCCGGAAAGACAAGAAGACCAACAAGUCCAUGUACGAGAGCAAGAAGAGCGAAAUGUACGACAUGGCCGACGUGCCCACGUACGAGGAGGUCACGGCGUACUGCAGGCAGAGUGGAGCUAAACACCGGCUGGUGGUCCUUGUUGGACCAACAGGCGUGGGCAUGAAUGAACUCAAGAGGAAACUGUUGAUCUCUGACCCCCAACACUUCAGCGUGACCAUCCCACACACCAGUCGGCCCAAGAGGAACCAAGAGACCGACGGCGUGGAGUACCACUUCAUCUCUAAACGUCUCUUCGAGACGGACAUCCACAACAACAAGUUCAUUGAGUAUGGGGAGUACAAAGGGAACUACUACGGGACGAGUCUGGACUCGAUACGCUCCGUCCUCUCCAAGAACAAAGUGUGCUUACUGGACGUCCAGCCUCAUAUAAUCAAACAUCUGCGGACGUCAGAGUUCAAACCCUUCAUUGUGUUUGUGAAGCCUCCGACGAUCGAGAGACUGAGGGAGACCAGGAAGAGCGCCAAAGUCAUAUCAGGCAAAGACGACACAGUCACCACCAAACCAUUCACGGAGGAAGACUUCCAGGAGAUGGUGAGCAACGCCCAGAUAAUGGAGACUCAGUACGGGCAUCUGUUUGAGAAGGUCAUAGUCAACGAUGACCUGUCGGCGGCUUUCAGCGAGCUGCGGUUGGCACUGAAGAAAGUGGAGACGGAGACUCACUGGGUUCCAGUCAACUGGACUCACUCUGCUCACUUUGAGCACAUGAAGCACUUUGAGGAGGGAGGGGGAGUGGGGGUUACAUCCAAGGCGGAUAAGGACGCGGUAGUGACGGACAUUCCGCUUUUGCCUCGCGGCAUCUUGACGUGCCGUCAGCCGGCACCUCAAGGAGCCCACGCCAAUGUCAGCGUGAUGAAUAUUCCAGGAUUUGUGAUGGGGAUUUCACUGACCAGGGCAGCCCAAUGGACCACGUCCAGCUCCGGUACUGGCAAACUGGAGUUCACCCCGAUGAAUGAGUCCUUGUUGAAAGAAAUCCUGUGCUUUGUGGAGCAGUUCGGUUCCCAACACCCACAGGAGGCUGAGCAUGUGUUUGAGGAGCCACUCCGGUGGAGUACCACUCUAGUGGCAUCUGAUUUCAAAACAGACUAUGACGUCAGUGACUCAGCUGUCCAGUCCAAUGAAAAAGAUAGUGAAGGACAUCCACUGUUGCAGCUCUUUCCUCCAACUGUUCAUGUACGCAACUUCAGUAAGCUCUAUGAACUAGUUCAUCUGGCAAAUGAUAAGAAGUUUGAGGAAGUUCGGGCUUGUCUAGAAGAAAAUCGAGACGUCUUGGUUAAGAUUCUUGGUAGGAGCUUUGCCACUGUCUUGGAGAAAGAAUACGCCCAAGACGCAGAUGUACUGAGUCUGGUGGAAAAAGUGAAAGAGGAAGACUCAUCCAAGGACUCAGAGGUCAAGGUCAAGCUGUUGCUCUUGCUCCAAAACAUGGAUAAACAGAUGCUCAGCAAGCUUCUCAAACAUGUAUCAGAACAAGUCAGGCUCGACCCCACCACAGUGAUGAAUGAAGUGGAAAGGCUGAAACGGUCCUGCAGUGGAGGGGAAAAGAGGGUGUUGAAGUCGCUUCGAUACACAUCAGAUUUUAAAUUCUCUAAUGGCUGUCGCAGCCCUCCGUGGAGACAGGUGCUUGGUGAGAUUUGUUACCUUGUGAUUGAGCUCUGUGAUGCUGAGACCCUCUACAUCACCUGCAGCACUGCUGGAGUUUUUCUUAAUGGGGGCAUAAAACAGGAGGGGGCGGAGAGUGGCUACGAGCGAACAAGUGAUGUGUACGAAGACCUGGUAACACUUCUGAAGGCCACAUCUCCGUAUUUUGCUGAGAAUAUAAACAAACAGGAUUUUGCAGUUCAAAACCUUCCAUCAACACAAGAGAUUCAGCAUGUGGAAUCGGUUGAUGGAGAGGAACAAGGCCAGCCCCAGAGGUCUUACGGGGAACAGGAAAAGAAUGUGCACGAAAAGGCGAGACAACAGCAUACGCUGAACAAGGCGGGCGGCGAGAAGAAAUAUGAGCCAUGUCCGAGAUGGAAGAAUCUUGGUCUCUUGUCUGCAUGUGGUAAACCAGAGGAAAGGAAACCCAGAAAGAGCUCUGCAGAGGAGAAGAAAAAGCUGAGACCAGGAGCCAAGAGCAAGAUGAAAGCAGAAUUCUCUUCAUCUUCUUUACCGGGACGCCUAUCAUCCCAGAAAAUUAAGUCCUCAGCAGGAGCCAUGCCAGUGGAACCUUUCAGCGAGAGUUCCACUGAAAGUGAGGAGGAAGAGGAGCAGCCAGAGCGCCGUCCUGAGAGCAACACAGACCUGCCUUCAGAAUACUGGCAGAUCCAGAAGCUGGUCAAGUACCUCAAGGGAGGCGACCAGACAGCCACUGUGCUCACUCUCUGCGCCAUGAUGGAGUUUAAUUUGAUGCAGGAGACGUGCCAACUGGCCAUCCGGGAUGUAGGUGGCCUUGAAGUCCUUAUUAACUUGCUGGAUACAGAUGAAGUCAAAUGCAAAAUCGGCUCUCUAAAAAUCCUGGGAAAGAUCAGCCACAACUUGCAAAUCCGUCGGACCAUAGUUGACAUGGGAGGCCUUCAGAGCAUCGUGAAGAUUCUGGACUCACCAGUCAGGGACCUCAAGGCAUUGGCUGCCGAGACCAUCGCUAAUGUGGCCAAGUUCCGUCGAGCAAGAAGAACAGUCAGGCAAUAUGGUGGCAUCAAGAAACUUGUAAAGCUACUGGACUGUGUCCCUAAUUUAGCCACCCUGACUGCAAACCAGGAGAAGGAAGUGGAGGUGGCCCGCUGUGGGGCCCUAGCACUGUGGAGCUGCAGCAGGACUACCAAGAACAAGGAGGCCAUUCGUAAGGCCGGGGGCAUCCCUCUGCUGGGACUCCUGCUCAAGUCUCCGCAUGAGAACAUGCUUAUCCCUGUGGUGGGCACGCUGCAGGAAUGUGCCUCAGAGGAAAGCUACAGGAUUGCCAUUCAGACCGAAGGCAUGAUCAAGGAUUUGGUUAAAAACCUAAGUAGUGACAACGAUGAACUUCAAAUGCACUGCGCUAGUGCCAUCUUCAAGUGCGCAGAGGACAAGCAAACUCGUGACCUAGUGCGCAAAUACAAAGGUCUGCAGCCACUGGUUUCACUGCUGAAAAAAGCAGACAACAAGCAGCUCCUGGCCGCUGCCACUGGGGCCAUUUGGAAGUGUUCCAUCAGCAUGGAGAAUGUGACUAAGUUUCAGGAGGACAAAGCCCUGGAGACUCUGGUUAGUCUUCUAAAAGAUCAGCCUGAAGAAGUGUUGGUCAAUGUAGUGGGAGCCCUGGGAGAAUUUGCCCAGAUACCCACCAACAAGGCUACCAUCCGCAAAUGUGGAGGCAUCAAGCCUCUAGUUAACCUGCUGACUGGAACAAACCAGGCACUGCUUGUGAAUGUAACCAGGGCAGUGGGUGCCUGUGCCACAGAUAAGGAUAACAUGGCAAUCAUUGACCAGCUUGAUGGAGUCCGCCUGGUGUGGUCACUGCUAAAAAAUCCCAGUGCAGAUGUUCAAUCUAGUGCUGCAUGGGCCCUUUGUCCGUGCAUUCAAAAUGCAAAGGACGCAGGGGAAAUGGUGCGCUCCCUCGUUGGUGGAUUGGAACUGAUUGUUAAUUUGCUGAAGUCAACAAACAACGAGGUGCUGGCAAGCAUUUGCGCUGCCAUCGCCAAAAUAGCCAAAGACAAGGAGAACCUGGCAGUCCUCACCGAUCACGGCGUUGUCCCGUUGCUGGCCAAGCUGACUAACACAGCUGAUGACAGGCUCCGUCGCCACCUGGCUGAGGCCAUUGGCCACUGCUGCAUGUGGAGCAGCAAUCGGGCGUCCUUCGGUGAUGCUGGCGCCGUGGCCCCACUGGUGUGUUACCUUAGGUCGAAAGACAAGUCAGUCCACCAGAGCACGGCCAUGGCUCUGUACCAGCUGUCCAAGGACCCCAACAAUUGCAUCACCAUGCACAAGAAAGGAGUGGUCAAGCCUCUAAUCCACAUCAUGGGCUCUGAUGUCGAGGAGCUCCAGGAGGCCGCUGCAGGCUGUGUGCGCAACAUCCGACUGCUGGCUCUGGCUAAUGGGAAGGCACGUUUGUUGAACUGACAAUCACCCAAAACAGCACCACCCCCUGAAACCUACUAGGGACUGUACACAAGUGAUCAGGGUGGGGAUCUGAACCCAAAGUUUGACUUUUCAAAUACCAAGACCUUCUCCAGGGUUAUUAUUAUGAGUUUUGGACCAGACGCUUUACUUAAAAAACACCCUUCCCCCUCUAACGGCUCAACUGUUGUGAAUGGAGCAACAAUUCUUCAAAAGACCAAAUUAGACAUCGGGUUAACAUUUGCCAAAAUAAUGUUAAACACAACAUGUAGUGUGUGCUUACAGCCAGUCCGGCUUUAUUUUAGGUCAUUACAGUUAUUACUCUCGUCUCCGCUGAAUAAAGAAGCAGUCCGUUCUUUGGCUCUGCGGCUGUUUAGGGGGUUCUGAUUCAAACUAUUUAAACAUGAUGCAUGUUGAAGUUAUUCCAACAUGCAUCAUAUUAUAGCUGUAGAUAUUUAAACUUUCUGUUGUUCUGUAACAUUACAAAACAGGUGCUCUCAUUACAGACUAUAAUCCACAUCUACUAGUUCCAAAAGCUGCAAAGCUCCUCUAUGUAAUACAAAAGACCAUCUGACAAAACAAUCAGUUUAAUCUCUAUUCAGCAAAAUCUAAACAUACACAAUCCCCCGUCUCCUUUUUUCCAGGCCCAUCUCCCGCUCUAAUAAUUUUUGUACAGUCCCUUACCAGUACUGGCUAUAGCAGCACUGGCAAAUAUUUACCUUCACAUCCAUCUCGUGGAGUUUCUUAAGUGUUUGAAAAGUGUUUCAGAUUGCGCCCUGUAUGAGAGAUGUGUCUCUGAAUGUAAGUGUUUAAAUGUGUUGUAUCAAAAUAUCUGACAACAGUUUCAAAUUAAAUGUUUUAUCUUGAUUG